UUAAACCAAUUCUAGUCCACUCCUAGUUUAAUAGCGUCACGACGACUCAAAUCUCUCUCCGCCCCUUCCUUUCCGCCGACGAUUUCGAGCUCCAGAUCCUGCAAAAUGUCGACAGUGAAAAUAAACAACAUUUCUUUGUUAGCAUCUCAAAGGGAUGUACAAGAAUUCUUUUCCUUCUCUGGGGAUAUUGAUUAUGUCGAAUUGCAAAGCGAAUCAGAAAAUACUCAAUGUGCAUACGUCACUUUCAAAGAGUCACAGGGAGCAGAAACUGCAGUUCUUCUUACGGGAGCAACCAUUGUUGAUCGUGCUGUUGCAGUUACACCGGCUCCAAAUUACAAGUUGCCCCCUGAAGCUUUCAGGCAUUCACUAGAUGGAAAUCCUUCAGCUACGAGUGUGGCCGUGCAGAAGGCAGAAGAUGUGGUAAGUAGCAUGUUGGCCAAGGGUUUUGUUCUGAGCAAGGAUGCACUCCAGAAAGCCAAAUCCUUUGAUGAGCAGCACCAGCUUCUGUCGACUGCCUCUGCUACUGUCGCAUCUCUGGACAAGAGGAUUGGUCUGAGUGAGAAGCUAAGCACGGGUAUGGCCAUGGUCAGUGGCAAGGUCAGGGAGGUGGAUGAGCGAUUCCAGGUAUUGGGGAUCACAAGGUCAGCCCUUGCUACUGCUGAGCAAACGGCCACGAAUGCUGGAUCAGCUAUUUUGAGCAACCCCUAUGUCUCAAAUGGUGCAUCCUGGUUCUCCUCUGCACUUGGCAAAGUAAUGAAGGCAGCUGAAGAUGUUAGCAUGAUGACUAGGGAGAAGGUUGAGAAGGCCGAAGAAGAUAGGAAAGAAAUGUUCUGGAAUGAGAAAGGUGGGAUGGUGAGCCAGUAUGCAAGGGUCCACCUUGAUGAGCCAUUGCUGAGUGAACCUGCGAUUGUGCCAGUAUAUUCCAUGGAUGAGGAAGAGAAGUUGCAGACCUUGUGAGUUGUGUACAUUUGAUAAAUUUGUGUCAUUGUCCCUUCUUUGUUUUGUACAGCCAUUCUUUUGAUGUUUGUACAAUCCUUUGGCAUUGCUGGGGAACUUGCACACGACAUUUGUGUUUUCAAUUCAAUAGUCAAUGUUAAACCAUUA